AUGCAGCGCGUCCGCAAGCACGUGCACCAGUUCGCGAGCGGCCGAGCGUCGGGCUACGGCGCGGCCUACACGCUUCCCGUGUUCCUGACGGUGGCCGCCAUCUCGCUGUGGGUGAACGCGACGCACCUGCAGUGGCUCGGCCUCGCGCACGUCGUGGUGCUGCUCAAACUGUUGCUGCUGCUGGGCGUGCACGAGCUGCUGCGGCCCUUCUGCCUCUCGUUCGGCGACGUGUGCGCGCUGACGGCCCACGUGGGCUCGGCCGCCAACGCCGCCGUGCUGCAGUUCGUCACGCGCGGGCUGCGGCCCAAGUUCCCGGAGUGGACGCUCUGGUACGAGUGGUUCCAGGCCAUCGCGUUGGCCGCGGGUCAGCGCAACGGCGGCCACAUCCUCAAGAUGCCCAACGCGCUGGCGUUCCGGCGCAACUUCGAGCUCAUCGGGCGGCUGCUGGGGGCCGCGGCCUGCUGGCAGCACGGCGCGCAGCUCGAGAGCUUCCGGCACAACGGACUCGAGCACCUGUGGCUGCGCUCAAAGGGCGGCAGAACGGACUCGAAAGAGGAGGAAGGGGAGAAUCCACCACAACAGCGACGCCGAGUCAUGGUGCUGUACUACCACGGCGGGGGCUACGCGCUCUUCAGCCCGCGCUUCUUCGUCGAGUUCGCCUGUCGUCUACUGACUCAGGUCCAGAGCCAGCUCCGGGCCGAGGCAGUGGACGUGCAGGUGCUGCUGGCCAACUACCGGAAGCUGCCCGAGGUGCGCUUCCCCGCGCCUCUGGACGACGCCAUGGCCAUGUUCGACUACCUCGUCUCGGUGGAGAAGGUCUCGCCUGGCAACAUCGUGCUGGCGGGCGACAGCGCGGGCGGAGGCCUCGUGCUGGCCACGCUGCUGAGACUGCGGCGGGCCAGGCGGGAGAUGCCGCUGGCCGCGCUGUGCAACUGCCCGUACGCGGACCUGUCGGCCGACGUGGCCGUGUCGGAGCACUGCUUCAUCUCCAAGUCCAUGCUGGACGCCAUCCGGGACUUCUGCGUGCACGCGGCCCCCUCGUCGUCGUCGUCGUGGCGAGAGGGGGCCAUGCUGCAGACGGAUCUGCGCGGCCUGCCCCCGCUCUUCGUGCAGGCCGCGGAGUUCGACAUUCUGCAUCGCCAGUCGCUGGCGCUCGCCCGGAACGCCCGGUCCGACGGGGUGCAGGUGGAGCUGGACGUGCACGCGCGCAUGCCCCACGUGUUCACGCUCUUCCCGCACUUCAUGAUGCCGCAGUCAUCCGUGGGCGUCCAGAGGUUCGCCGCCUUCAUUGCGCGGCAGGUGCAGGCGACGACGCACCGAAUACCCGUACAACUUCCAGGAGCAGCUCCAGCCUUCUGA